CCAGACCACUGGGAGGCUGCCUGCAAACUUGCCACUGAGUACCCAGCGGCAGCUUCCUGCUCUGUGGGGAGUUCCCCCAGAUCCUGAUGGAGGCGCGGAAAAUUGAUCCGUUAGAUUAACCAGCGAGCAGGAGAGCCACCGGGGAAGCGGCAGAGCGGAGUGUUUUACGUAGCAGUCCCCUCCCUUCUGGCUGGAGUAUUAAUUGCUACAUUACCACUGCCAUGUAAGAACGACAGUCAGCGAAGCCUGGGAGAGCGCCAGCUCCUCCCUCCCCGCUCUGCUCCGCUUCACUCUCCUCCUCAGUGCCCUCUGCGCGCCCCGUGCCCCGGCAGCGCGUCCCAGCUCUGCCAUCCUGAGGUCCUCCUGCGGGUCGGACUUGAGUGGAGGGAAGGACGGAGGAAGGGAGCAAACAUCGUGCCCGGCAGGCUCUCUGGAUGCAGAAGCCAGACUCACUGCAGAGGCAGCUGUGCUGUUCCAGGAGCUUCUGGGGUGCGUCCAUCUCUCAGGGUUCGCCCAGACAGGCUCCAGGCUCCGGGGGCGCACCGUGUGGAAGCCUCCCCUUCUGGGCACGGACAGCAGAGCCCGCCUUCCUUCUGCCACCAUGAGCGGCUGCUCCAAAAGAUGCAAGCUCGGCUUCGUGAAAUUUGCCCAGACCGUCUUUAAGCUCAUCACCGGGACCCUCAGCAAAGAUAAGAUUGAAGAUGAGUUGGAGAUGACCAUGGUCUGCCAUCGGCCGGAGGGACUGGAGCAGCUUGAGGCCCAGACAAACUUCACCAAGAGGGAGCUGCAGGUCCUCUAUCGAGGCUUCAAAAACGAGUGCCCCAGCGGCGCGGUCAAUGAGGAAACGUUCAAGCAGAUCUACGCGCAGUUUUUCCCUCACGGAGACGCCAGCACCUACGCACAUUACCUCUUCCACGCCUUCGACACCACCCAGACUGGCUCCGUGAAGUUCGAGGACUUUGUAACCGCUCUGUCCAUUUUACUGAGAGGAACUGUCCAUGAGAAACUAAGGUGGACGUUUAACUUGUACGACAUCAAUAAAGACGGAUACAUAAACAAAGAGGAAAUGAUGGACAUUGUCAAAGCCAUCUAUGACAUGAUGGGCAAGUACACCUACCCUGUGCUCAGAGAAGACACGCCGAGGCAGCACGUGGAUGUCUUCUUCCAGAAAAUGGACAAAAAUAAAGAUGGGAUCGUGACUUUAGACGAAUUUCUUGAAUCCUGUCAGGAGGAUGACAACAUCAUGAGGUCCCUCCAGCUGUUCCAAAACGUCAUGUAACUACGGACACAGCCAUCCGGCUCUCGGAGACGUUGUACUAAGCCAACACCUGAACACCUUGAUCUGCCCUCCUUCCGAUCUUGCCCACGGACUCUGGGGUGGAAAUACCCGCUCCACGUCGGUAGAGUCCUCUACUGAAGACUUCCUGUGGAGCCCAGCAUCACGUGGCUCGGUCUCUGAUUGCCAGCUCUUCCUCCUCCCUCUCCUUGAGAGAGACCAGACGACAUUGGAAGCAUGCUCCUCGCCUCACACUGCUGCCCCGUGGAAGGCCCCUCCGCUUGAGCUUAGACAGUAGCGCACACCUAUCUGCCUGCGCGCCCCAGCCCACCGCUGCCAAGCCCGGCAGACCUGGACGGAUCUGGAAGCAAGACGACCUGAGCCAAAAUGCACUCCAUCCUCUGACGGCCUCCCAAACCAAUGUGCCUGUUUCCCUUCCUUCGGUGGGAAGAAAGAGCGUUGUUACCGAACGAUCUGAAUCUACCGGGACUACAUGGGGAGCGCCAGCGCCUAACCUGUCUGUGUAGGAUAGGACUGAACUCUUAAUUAAGCACGGCGUUGUCUCAUGACCCAAACUGCCCAUGUCCUUUGUUUCCAGAGGCCAGGACCAAUCAUCCUCUCUCACACUAGCAUCUGUGCUGGUAGUACAAACCCCCUGACUGCCCAGGACGGGAGCCAACGCCCAGUGGUCCAUGUCUCCGCGCCAUCUCCUGCUAGAGCCCAGCGCUGCAUGUCCCUUCCAGAAAGCCCAGAAUGCCUGCAAAUUGCUGUAAUUUUAUACCAUCUUCUAAUC